AUGGAACUGGACACUUACAACGAAUCCAUGAAAUCAUCUGAGGACGACAUAUCGCGCGAGAAAAUGUCUGGUACAACGUCUGCCAAUCACAACAACCAUUUUCAAAGAAGCAAAUCUAACAACGAAUCUAGAAGGAUGGUUGACAUUACCAGAGAUAAACCCAUCAAAGUGGCAGUUAGAGUUGUUGUACCUGUUAGAGAUCAUCCAAAGUUUAAUUUUGUUGGAAAACUUCUUGGUCCAAAAGGAAAUUCGCUUAAAAGACUACAGGAAGAUACAAUGUGCAAAAUGGCUGUCUUGGGAAGAGGAUCCAUGCGGGAUCGAAUAAAGGAGGAAGAACUUAGGGCAAGUGGUGAUCCGAAAUUCCAACACCUCAGCGAGGAACUGCACGUAGAAAUAAGCGCCUUCGCGACUCCUGCAGAAGCACACGCAAGAAUAGCAUAUGCAUUAGCUGAAGUUAGGAGGUUUUUAGUGCCAGACUACAACGACGACAUUCGCCAGGAGCAAAUGUGGGAGAUGCAGGUAUUAUCAAGUCAAAGAAACAACAAUAACAAAUGUAAUGAUGGCAUUGCUAUCAAUCAAAAUUUAUCGCUCGACUGCCCGCUAGAUGAUAGUCUUGACGGGGAUGCCAUGGAAGGUACACCAGACAGUUCAGCCGAGGACCAUCCAGCAAUGAGAGGGAUACAAUCAGGUUCACCGUCAGACAUUUCCACGACGAUAUCGUCAUGUCCUGGCAAUGGUAUCCAACAGGGACAACCGAUCGGUAACGGGGUGAACGCGGCGGCGGUGGGUGGUGGAGCUGCGGCAGCCGCAGCCGCAGCCGCUGCAGCUGCCGCAGCGAGCGGACGCAAGCGACCGCUGUUGGCUGCAUCCGGACCACGGACGUCCAUGACUCCCACCAAACGGACGGUCAUGAGUCUUCUAGCACGAGCGCGUGCUGCUCAAGCAAAACAAAUGCCCGCAGCUUUUCAAAGGGGUGCCGCAGAAUCAGCAUCUUUGGUACCAUUACUUCGAGAAGAUUUAGUAGGGAGCGCUAUCAAUUUUAACUUAAUAUAAAUUCAAGUCUGUCAAAUCUUUGUCAUCGCAGCAAGGAUAAAUCCAAUUUCAUAAUCAUCAGUAGACUUUAAAAUGCUACAUGUUUAAAUUAAAUAAAUAAAUAAUGAUGCUAGGCUAACCACGACACAAAAAUUAUAUUAUUUUUUUUAAUAUAUGA